UAGACCUUAGAGGGGAGGGUGUGGGGGUAGGAGGAUCGACGACGACGACGAAUACGAGGACCAGGACGAGGACGGUGUCGGUGUCGAUUUCGAUGGGGACCUCUCGGCCUUUCGACUCUACCUCUACCUCUACCUCAAGCCUGACUUCCCACUCAACCUCAACCUCAACCUCAAUUUCGAUCCCGAACCAGCCCACCCCCCGAUCCGAAUUCCACACCGAACUCUCCUCCUCGCUCUACUCCGCCUCCUCCACCUCCAUCCCCCUCCGUACAGCGCGUCUCGUCCGCCAAUUCUACACCACCCACGGGUACUUGCCUCCUCCUAGAUCCCCGGAAGAAGGGGUCAGGGUGCAGUGUAUCAAGGAUUAUGAUUUGGGUAGGAGGGCGCAGAUGAGGAAUAUACAGAAGGCGACGGAGUUGUUGGCAGGGUGUUUCUCUUCCACGUCUUCCUCUGGCUCUGGCUCUGCCUCUGGCUCUCGUGACGAAAAGGCAUCUGAAGGAUCUGGUGUGGUCUGUACGUUCAGCCUCUUCAAAGACGACGCCCAACACCACGUAGCCGCCGCCGGCCCCCCUUCUCUAGUCGACUCCCUAGCGCUGAGUAUCGGCACCCGGGUCCCACCCCAGAUCUCUUUGUGUGGGCAUACGAUCCUCAGCCCGAAGUCGGAAGGGGGGUUGGUUUAUGUACGGGAUCUUGCGGGGGAUUGGAGGUUUAGCGGGAAUCCUUGGGUCAAGGGGAAGAAGAAGAAGAAGGGUAAUAAAGAGGAAGGAGAGGGUGAUACAAGUAAUAAAGAGGAGGGAGAGGGUGAUCAAGAGCUCCAGGGGGGGAUGAAGAGUUAUAUCGGGAGCGUCGUCAGGUUGAGGCCCGAUCCGACUUUGCCUUUAUCGUCGUCGUCAUCGUCAUCCGUUAUCGAAGCCGACAGGAACAACGCCGACAGGAACAAAGAGGACGACACCGUCGCCAUCGGAGCCCUCAACAUAUGUUUCCUCACCGAACCCCUCCUCACCCUCUCUUCCGAUCAGACAGACAUCAUACGACGCAUCACCGACAUCCUAGAGGGACAACUCGCGCUCACUUGGCAAGCGCAACGACACGAAAAGGAGGUCCGGGCUAGACAGGCCGUCUCGGAUUUCCUGGAGGAGGGGUUGGUCAGAGGGAUGCGUCCCCAGCGCGAACGAGGGUCGGAAAGGGGAAGGGGUGAGAGGGUGGAUCGAACUGCAGAUCCUACCACUACUACUGCUACCACGUCCGACGCAGGGGACGAGGGAGGAGUGGCCACAGACAGGAACGGCGACGACGAUGGGGACAAGUACGUGCACUUUCGGGCCCAAGCUCGAUAUGCCGUGGAAAAGAUCCGGGAACAGGUGCGAGAGAUCGGGUUCGUAUGUAUACUCGAUACGAGUUCGUUCGUGUCCUUCCAGUCCCGACAGAAAACCCAGCAAGCGGACGAUGACAAGACGAUGAUGGGCGUACUCGCUUCUUCCAGCGACGAGUCGAGCGCUGCCGCUGCGAUGUCGUCGAUGGAUCCCACCGUCGCUCAGACGGUGAGCGAUUUUCUCGACCGGCAUGUCGAUCACCAUCACCGCGCCGAUCAGACGAUCUUUGUCAAGGCCAUUGGGGAGGCUUCUGGGCUCGAACCGCUCUUGCCCUCGGACACGUACAGCCACCUGAUCUUGCCGCUCUUUUCCGGAGGAGACGCCCUGUUCGCGGUGAUCGCGUGCAGUGCGGACCCCGACUAUUCGUUCAGUCGAGGCGAUUCCGACUUUGUGAGGAGCAUGGCGACCGUGCUCAAGGCCGUGGCCAUCCAGGCCCGCGCCAUCGAGGUGGAACAGAAACGUACGACGGUGAUGAGUCGGUUCAGUCACGACCUGCGUACGCCGCUGCACGGGAUCCUCGGAUCGAUCGCCCUCCUCAACUCGUCGGUGGACAGCGGAGAGCGCGAGCAGGCGGGCGAGCUCUUGACCACCCUGAACGCUGCGACGAGGGAGAUGGAGAGGCUCAUGAACGACAUGCUCGACGAGGAAUCGUCGAACCGGCUCGAUCAGAGCAGGCGGGCAGAGACGAACGCGAGAGCUUGGGGAGCGGUACAGCGGGGACAUCGUGAUGGGCAGCACGGUCAGACCGGUUCUGCCACGUCGAGCGAUUCGACAUUGUCGAAUUUUGACUUUGGUCAGCAGUUGCCCUUGUCGCCCGGGUCACAGCGGGCCACGACGACGGCGGCCCUGCCCUUGCCCUUGCCCCUCCUUCCCAUCCCGGAGCCACUGCACCAGGCCCUCCUGUCAUCCGACCCUCGGGACGCGCCAAAGGAGCCCCUAUCGGUCCUGAUCGUCGAGGACGAAGCGAUCAGCAGAAAACUCCUGGCCAUGGCCGUCAAGCGAGCGGUCAAGGGGGUCAAGAUCGCGCAGGCCCGGGACGGUGUCGAAGGCUUGACGGCGUUCUGCAACUCGCACCCUCACCUCGUACUCACCGAUGUCAACAUGCCGAUCAUGGACGGCAUCGUCUCUGCCAAGGCGAUGAGGACGGUGGAAGCCGCGCAGGGCUGGGAACGAUCGACGAUCUAUACCAUCACGGGGCUCGGGCAGGCAGACGUCCAGAAACGACGUGAUGCGUUGAACGUGACCUUGGACGGGUGGCUCGUCAAGGGACAACAUCGGAUGGAGGAUAUCCAGGCGAUCGUGAGGGAAGUGAAUGAGCGUCGCAAGGGACGAGGCGACCACGAUCCGCAGGUCGAUCUGACGAGGAGGGUGACCGGGUGAAGCAAGGUCGGGCAGGGUCUCAAGGCCACACAACCCGACGAUGUGGCGAUGGCUGGCGAUUCGAAGCCGCACGAUUU